GGAAUGUAAAAUUUCUACUGCAAACUACUUUACUUCUCGCGAACCCAAAAAGAGCUCCUGCCCAAAUUCAGUGGGAGUGUGAAUUUCCCGUGCUUGUGGUUGUGGACUGUGACAUCGUCUCCUUCUCCAGCUCCUCUCCCUUCUUCUACGAUCUCUCGUAUAGCUCACCGGGCGCGGUUCGUUCUAUACCAGACGCAGAGAGAGAGAGAGAGAGAGAGAGAGAGAGAGAGAGAGAGAGAGAGAGAGAGAGAGAGAGAGAGAGAGAGAGAGAGAGUGUGUGUGUGUCAAUGGCGUCAGUGAGGGUCGUGGUCAUGAAGGCUCUUCAUAGGCGCCGUUCUCUGUUCAAUACCAAGCAGUCCCUUCUCCCUCGGGCCCAAACCCUCGCCGCCCGAGCCUUCGCGGCGAUCAUGUCUCCGCCGUCGAAGGCCGUUGUCUACGAGCGCCACGGACCUCCCGAUACGGUCACCAGAGUAAUUGACCUCCCACCGGUUGAAGUUAAGGAGAACGACGUGUGCGUUAAAAUGCUCGCUGCUCCAAUCAAUCCCUCGGAUGUCAAUAGAAUUGAAGGUGUCUAUCCUGUGAGGCCGCAAGUGCCUGCAGUUGGAGGAUAUGAGGGGGUGGGAGAAGUGCAUUCAGUAGGCUCUGCAGUUAAGGACCUCUCUCCUGGCGAUUGGGUCAUCCCUUCACCACCUUCUUUUGGGACAUGGCAGACUUAUAUUGUGAAAGAGGAGAGUGUUUGGCAUAAAAUCAAUAAAGAUAUACCAAUGGAAUAUGCUGCAACAGUUACUGUGAAUCCUUUGACUGCUCUAAGAAUGCUUGAAGACUUUGUCAAUUUGAAUUCAGGAGAUUCUAUAGUACAAAAUGGUUCUACAAGCAUUGUGGGUCGGUGCAUCAUUCAGCUUGCACGAAUUCGAGGCAUCCACAGCAUUAAUAUUAUUAGAGACAGGGCUGGGUCAGAUGAAGUCAAAGAAAAAUUAAAAAAGCUUGGUGCUGAUGAAGUGUACACUGAGACCCAAUUGGAAGUAAAGAAUGUCAAGAGUCUUCUGGAUAAUUUGCCAGAACCUGCAUUGGGAUUUAACUGUGUUGGUGGUAAUUCUGCUUCUUUCGUUCUUAAAUUCCUGAGGCAGGGAGGAACUAUGGUUACAUAUGGUGGAAUGUCUAAGAAACCUGUCACAGUAUCAACUUCCUCAUUUAUUUUUAAGGAGCUUUCUCUGAGGGGAUUCUGGCUGCAGAAAUGGUUGAGUGCUGAUAAAGCAAAACAGUGCAGGAACAUGAUAGAUUAUAUUUUGGGCCUUGUUCAUGAAGGGAAGUUAAACUAUGAGAUGGAGCUGGUUCCUUUUAGCAAUUUUUAUACUUCACUAGAUAAGGCACUUGGAAAACUAGGACGCCAGCCCAAACAAGUCAUCAAAUUCUCCUCAUGAAGUGUCACGCAGGAGUGUGUUUUGGAUUGUCCUGUAUUAUUUACCUUGGAGUUGCUCAGUAGUAAAAUGCUUUGCCUUUGGUUUUCAACAGUUACAUUGCAGCCACAGUGCUAGACUACAGUGUUCUCAUUAUUGCGAUGCCAAUUGAAGGAUAAGUGCAAAGUCUUGUAUUAUUUUCUGAUUGCUUAAGAUCUUUCUUUGAGUUUGGAUCAGUAUUGAUAUCAUCAAUAAAUGUUAUUUUGAUC